GGAAGCACAGCAACUUUUGACAAGAUGUCAACUGCUGAUGAAAGCAACACGGUGAGCACAGUGGACUCCGAGCUUUCGACCGAGUGCUCAAGCAAUGAUUCGGGGGUGAAUAAAGACACCUCCAAAAUCAUGGACACGGAAAAUAAACCAUCGAGAGGAAUAGAGAGUUUCAAAUGGAGCUCAGCAGCUUCUGAAGACAUUGUUCCCACAGUGUUGGCCCUCCAGCUGGCUGUGGCAGAAGGACCGGACCGGCUUCCUGCUGACAAGAACACACAGGAAGUCCUCUGCGGGAAACUGCGUGUGCUGGAGGCUGACCUCACAAAAAUCACGACCCUGAUUGCUGAAUUCUCAGCUCAUUUGGUGUCCAUCAGCAGUGAGGAAAGGACUAUAUUUAUCACUUUUAAAACAUUUGAAGAAAUAUGGAAGUUCACCACCUAUAACAAAAUGGGUUUCCUGCGUCAGUCUUUGGAGAAUCUUCUGUUGGACCAGGAGUUCUGGUUGAACACUUUAGACCAUGAAGACUCAGGGAUUGAGGUGUCAAUUAAAGAGGAGAACCUUAACUUAAUGUACAAAGGCUUUCUAAUGCAAGAAGGUUCAUUUUUUGGAAGCUGUACGGUUAAUCAGAUGUUUGAUAGCUCAACAUCUGGCAGUGACCUUUACCUGGAGAAGGGGGACAUUGCUCUUUUUGAGCCUCCAUUCCUAGGCUCAGGGUGGACAGUGUUGUCCUUGGCAGAUGGAUCAAGAGGAACUAAACCUAAGCCAGCCCUGGAACCAGUCAUUCCUUUUCAUGAGUGGUUUCUUAAGUCCUGUCCUGAGAGUGUUUUGGUUGGCAGUGGAAAGGCAUGCUGUGAUCUUCCAUUUCAAAUUGCUGUAGGUUCCUGUGAGGCAGUCGAAGCAUAUGAUGGUAAUGGACCAGAUGAGCUGAGUUUUGAGGCUGGAGAUCACAUCAUCAUCCUGGGCCUACUAGUAAACUGCUUUGAGUGGUUCAUGGGCAAGUUGGAGAGGACUGGUGAUACGGGACUCGUCAAGACAAGCCUGGUGAAAGCAACUGAUUCUCUUUGUGAAUCAGAUGAGAUCUUUUUGAAAGAAGAGGACAGAAAAAUCUUUAACUUGGAACAAGAGAAGAUUAAGGAGGAAACCAUUGCCUUUUUGAAGAAAACAUGCCAAAGUGAUGUUGCUACAGUCUACAGACUUGAUUUGGUAAAGCCAGAAUCAGUUCAAAACGGUCCCAUUGCAGACAAUGCAGAUCGCAUUGAAGUGUAUAUAGACCUGAAAAGGAAAAUCACCCCUCUUUUGAGAGAGAUGAAGGAUCCAAACAGAGAUGAGAUUGCACUGGACAGUUCUGAGCUUCAGACAGAUUCAGAGUCCACAGAGACAGAGUCACCGCAGGAAAUCCCACAUUUCACUGUGUGUUCAGAGAAGGAUGGUACCAGCCCAGAUGGACACCACUCCCUCCUCUCCUUCCUAGGCAGCUGUGACCAUCAGCCAGAGUUUCAGCUGCUCUACAGCGCCUACCCAGAAUUCCUCCUGUUACACUUUGAGGGUCAUUCUGAUGAAGAGGAGCUGGUGGCCUAUCUAGGUGCAGCUCGAGAAACAGCAAGAAAGAAGCGGAUGUCAUGGGCACAGAGCAGAAUCUGCUUCCUACUUGGACAACUGUGUGCAGGCAGGUCAAAGUUCUCUCAGGCUCGAGUCUAUUACGAAGAAGCCUUAAGUGUACCCCGAGACUAUUUCUCAGACAUGCCCCUUCUCUCUGCCCUCUAUUCCAACCUGGCCCUCAUCUAUCUCACACAGAAGAACAUGGAGAAGUAUUUCACUCUGUCUGAACGCUUUGCUGCUUUAUUGAUGGCAGUCUGUGACUGCUUAUCUGGCUCAGAAGAACCUGAGGUGUUAAAAUUUGCAUUGAAAAAGGCAAUUUUGUCUCAGAACAAGCCUGCAGAGGCCCGGCUCUGCCUCCUCUUAGCCAAGCUCCAUCUGAAGCUCGGAGAGGGCAUGAGCGCAGUGCCUUUCAUUGAGCGGCUGCUGAUCUUGGCUGAUGAGAUGCCAGGAGUCUGCAACACAAUAUGUAGCCAUGGUUUUUUACUCUUAGCCAGGCUUUAUAAUGAUCAUCAUCUUCCUCACCUGGCUGACAGCUCAGCAAGGCAUGCAUGUCUUCAGGUGUCUUCUGCAGUCGCUGACUGUCUUUGCAGCAUCUCUCUUCUGUUGGAGAACGCUCAAGAGUUGUAUGGAAUCGACAUCCCAACACAAGUGGCUCCAUGUUUGACACGAGCUGCUGCUUUAGCAUACAAUGGCAUGGAACCUAGCCUGGCUCAUGCCCAUGCCCUUUGUCUGUCUUGGCUUUAUCAGAAGCAUGGCAUGCCUAACAGAGCAGUUCACUACAUGUGCAGCCUCCUCGAGCAUACGUCCGCUUCCAGCCUCAGCCAACAAGACACCAGUGCUGCCCUCAUAUGGCUGGCCUGGCUGCUUAUCUGUGGCCUGCAGCACCGUGCUGCCCUGGAUGUGCUGGAUGCAGUUCUGUCCACUCUCCCUGAGCACUGCACCACACAGCUGGAGGGGGUGGUUUACAACAUGCGUGCCAUCGCUCUGAGGCACGCCGGCAAUGUCAAACAGGCUGCAGAGAGUUUCCAGGCUGCAGCUGAGGUCUGCGAGGAGUUUGAAGACAGGCACAACUGGGCUGUAGCCCUGGCCAACUUUGGCUUCUUAUGUUUGCAGGUCAAAGCUAAGAGGCUAGCUGAGGAGCACCUCGCCCAGGCUGUAGAGCUGUUCUCUGAGCUAGAGGACGAAGGCCAUGAGCUGAGCUUUGUGGCUGUGCUUCUGGAGCUGGGCAAGCUGUUUGUGUCGCAGGGUUUCUGUGAGAAAGGGAAAAUCUGUUAUGAGUGGGCCCUGCUGACUGCCAUCCUGUAUGAUAACUCAGAGAGCCAGCUGCAAGCCACCCGUCGCCUGUGUCACCUGUAUGGUGAAGUUUGCCCUGAUGAAGCGCAGUGUAUCAUCUAUAAUGAGCACCAGCUGAACCUGCUGCACCAGACAGGAGACAUAACUCUAGAAGGAGAGAUACUGGAGAAAAUCAGCCAGCUGUAUCUGAGUCUGGGCACAGAGAAAGCAAAUAGAACAGCACUGGACUACACUAAAAGAAGUCUAGGGAUCUUUAUUGAUCUGGGAAAGAAGAGGAAGGAGGCCCAUGGCUGGCUACAGGCAGGAAAAAUCUACCACAUCCUUAAACAGAGUGAGCUGGUGGAGCUUUAUGUGCAGGUAGCACAGGACAUUGCUUUGAGCACAGGAGAUACAGCCUUCAUCCUGGAGCUCCUGGAGGCAUCAGGGGACGUGUUCUUCAACAGCACACAUGACAGAGAAAAAGCGGUCUGCUUCUACAGGGACCGAGCUCUCCCUAUAGCGGUGAAGUCGGGCAGUGUGCCUUCUCAGCUCAGGCUGUGUAAUAAGCUGACUGAGUUGCUGCUACAGCUGGGACAGUAUGGGGAGGCUCUGGAGUAUGCACAAACUGCAUUAGACAUCAGCAUCACUCUGGCUGAUCGUUUAAACGAGCGAGUGGCGUUUCAUCGGCUGGCUACGCUGUACCACUGCCUGAGUCAGUUUGAGAUGGCAGAGCACCACUACCUGAAGGCCCUUUCUCUGUGUCCCUCCCCCCUGCAGUUUGAUGAAGAAGCCCUAUAUUACGUCAGGGUGUAUCAGACACUAGGGGACAUUAUCUUCUAUGAUCUGAAGGAUCCAUAUGAUGCAGCAGGUUACUACCACCUAGCCCUGGCAGCUGCCAUGGACCUGGGUAAUAAGAAGUCCCAGCUAGAGCUGUGCACUCGCCUGGCCACUAUAUAUCACAACUUCCUGAUGGACCGUGAGCUGUCCCUGCACUUCUACCAGCGCGCACGGGCCUUUGCUGCUGACCUCAAUAUCCGUCGCAUCAACCUGGCACCAGAUCAGAGCUUCCGCACUACAGCUCAGUACAAAAUCACAGCCUCACAGGCUACAAGAUAGAGACUUGAGCUUUACUGAGGCCUGCUGUACUUGUAUUUGAGGGUCUAUGUUUACUUUCUUCUGACAGAUUGAGUAUUUGCUCUUGUUUGUGUUGAUGUAAUUGAUUGUGGAACAGCAGUUAGAAUGUACACUACUGCCAGUGUGUUUCUGAGCAAGGCAUUUAACUGCAGUUCAAGUAAGAGAGCCAUAUACACGACAAAAUUUAACUGUUUCAGAUGACAGAAAGGCUUUUUUUUAAUAUAAAUAAGAACUGAUCUUAUAAAAAUAUGAGAUCUUCCUUUCUGUAUGUUGGACUGCAUAGGGCCACUGAUUAUUUAUCAUUUUGCUUUAAGCCUGUUUCAGAAUGCUUUUGCAGAGUCAUUUUGAUGCAGUAUCUCAUGACAAAGAUGGAGCAAAGGGGCCAUGAAAUGCUAUAACUGGCCUAAACUUAAUUCUAGUGGUGCCUGUUUUUUGAUAACUCAGGAAGAAAUACUAUUUUUUAAAAGGGCCCAUAUCUUGAAAAAACCUUUUCCUCAGGUUUUUUUUAAAUAGAAGAGUUUGAUGUAAUAUGUAAACAUGGUCAAAGCUUCAAAACGUAGCCCUGAUAUGGGCCAUAUAUGGAAACUAAGCUGCAGUAACAGACUGUUUAUGAAUUCUGUAUGUUUGUGAGACCACAAAAACCAACAUAUUCACAUUUACAGCAGUUUAGCUCCGACUAUUCACGCUGAACUUAUCAUGAGUGUUUUGGCCCGGAUUGCUUUUUGAAUGAAGUACAAUCCAGUGCUCUUUAAUGGUUUAGCCCAGGAGUGUCCAGUUUUAUCUGUCUUAGGACUGGUGUGGCUGGGGGUUGUCAUUCUAAUCAAGCAGGAGCGCCCAUGACCAACCAAAGACUGAGACUAACUCAUCAAACAAGUAGAGUCUAGUGUGCUUCAGCUUGUUUAGAAUGAAAACCUGCAGGCACAGCAGCCUUUUGCGGAAAAGAUUGGACACCCCUGGUUUAGCCUCUACAUUCUCUCGUCAUGUAGAAUGAGAUGGCUUUAAGCCCAGGCUCCAAGCUCAAUUUAUGUCCUGGAAUCAAGUGGACAUAUUUUCAGUCUAACAAGGGAUGUUCUGUUUUCACAAAGUGCUGAAAGUGAUGGACGCUACAUUUUCAAAUAAACAUAU